GUCAUGGGCUCGUGACUGGCGGACACGCCCAAUCCAUCCCAUUUUGACACUAAACGCAAAUGGAGGAUUGCGCCCCGUUCACACUAGACUAAAAAGUCACUACUACCGACUGUCAACUCGCUCCAUUUUUCAGCUCUGCCAUGUUCAUGUUCUCUAUCCGUGGCGGGAUCCAACCAUUGCCCAGACUGGCCCCACUGCCCACUCACCGUCCACAGUAGACUUAAGACUAGUCCAUCAUGUGUCUGGGUUUCUCAUUGUCAGAACUAUUAAUCAGUGUACCAUGGAUGCACACCUCGUCCCUGUCAUCGCUCUUGUUCUCAUGUGGUUGUCAUCCCUGAAACUGGAUCCUAAACUUUCUCUCCUUUCCUUUUCGGCGGCUUUUUCCUGGAUUCCCAGAGCUCUCCCGAACUUUGGAUCAAACUCCUCAUCCUCCUCGUGCGCGGGCGCUGCCCGUCACACCAAAAGGGGAGGAGGAGAGGGGGGUGUGGUUCGGGAUCCAGACAAUUUACAACUAAUUAAUCCCACUUUAUCGCAAUAACAG